CGGGUCCAAUUACAAAGCUGACGGAAGAAAUAAGAAAGAGAUGAUAUUUUCAACACGAUAUAUUAGCGAUGUCUGAUGUACUGCAUUUCUAAUAUACAAGGGCACGGGCCUAUUAUCAUUUUACAUUAAUAUUUCGUGUGCUUCUUUGACGUGCAUGACCAAUAUUUAUUAUCAUAACAAUAGGUUUUCGCACAGUCACGAUCGCCGCUAUUAUUAUGCUCCUGACGGCAAGAUCACGACCGGACGGGCGCGGCGGGCAGUACAGGCCCUUGGCCUAAGUUCUUAAAAUCACGCACGCGACGCAACCGCAUAAUAGGGGCCCGUCCUAUACGUACUCGAUUCAUGCUUAUUAAUUAUGCACGAUCACAUGCACAUCCUUCGCAACAUGGUCAAGAACAGUAACCGGCCGGCUGCAGCAUUUUUAACAGGGAACAACGAGCCUUCUUUUCAUGACCAGAAAGGGGAGAAAAAUUGUGUGUGGCUUUGUUAAGCUCAGACUACGAAAGGAAGAUGAUGUCACUCAAUGGAACGAAGAACGGCUCCGCCGGUUCAACUUGCGAUUGCAAGAACACCCAUGUAUUGGUGACUGGAGGGGCAGGCUACAUCGGGUCCAUUCUCGUACCCCUCCUGCUGGACGAGGGGUACAUGGUCACCGUCUUUGAUAACUUCAGUUGGGGGAUUCAGUCGCUUUGCGGCCCCGUCGCAGCCAACCCCAACUUGAAAGUUGUCCGGGGUGAUGUGUGCGACCCGGAGGCACUGUCCGAAGUGAUGGCUGACUGCGACGCCGUCAUUCACUUGGCGGCCAUCGUCGGCUACCCGGCCUGCGAGAAAGAACCCAAACUAGCCCGCCAAGUCAACGAAGACGGCACAGCGCACGUGGCCAGGCUGUUACGGCGAGAUCAGAAGCUCAUCUAUGCCUCCACCGGGUCAUGCUACGGAGCGGUCGACGGCACCUGCACGGAGGAUACUCCCAUUAGCCCGCUGACCCUCUACGGGAGCACCAAGGCAAACGGGGAAAAAUCGGUGGUGAGUGUUGGUGGGGUUGGUCUCCGUCUAGCGACUGUCUUCGGUACUGCUCCACGCAUGAGGAUGGACCUCCUAGUCAACGAUCUGACGCACCGUGCGGUCAGCCAGAAACAUUUCAGCUUGUACCAAGGCAGUUUCAGGCGCACGUUCCUCCACGUCCACGACGCGGCCACCGCGUUUAUCUUAGCACUGCGUAACUACGACAAGAUGCGCGGGAAGGCCUACAACGUGGGCCACGAGUCCAUGAACAUGACCAAGUCAGAGCUGGCCUCUCUCAUCCAGGCUCUUGUACCGGGCUGUAAAAUCACCCACUCUGAUGAGGGAGAAGAUCUGGACAAGCGCAACUACGAGGUCUCGUACUUGAAACUCCGACAGCUCGGGUUCUGGCCGAGCAUAACCGUCCGGGAUGGGAUCCUGGAACUUCUCAAGACAGUCCCCUUCAUGUCCGAUGAGGAAGUGGCUCGAGCCCGGAAUGCCAACCCGGUGAAAAUCCUCAUCAAAGACAAUGGUGUCUGAACAAUAUUCCCAUGAAGGAACGGUCGAAUGAAAUGCAUGUAAGAUGAAAUAUUACACGAACGAAAUAGAACGAAAUAUUACAAGAACUAGAGCGAUAGAAAUAUUCUAAGCUAUAAAUAUGGCGAGCCAAAGUAGCAUUUAUAUAGCAUCAGCAAAGUCUUCAAAACAGUUAAGUGCUAUCGACGAUGUCUGUAAUGUAUUAAAAGAUAUCUUUAAAUGAUUUAAAGAUAUCUCUAAAAGAUUUAGAGAUAUCUUUUAAUCAAUAAAAGAUAUCUCUAAAUCUUUAAGAGAUAUCUCUAAAUGAAUUAGAGAUGUCUCUAAAUACUUUAAAGAUAUCUUUAAAUCAUUGACAAUAAAGCCCAUUCGUGUGUCAUUUAUUUAUCAAAACAAUUCGUCUUUGAAACGAUUGGUCGAAAUCUAAUAUUCAGAGAUAUCUCUAAAUCAUUAGAGAAUAUCUCUAAAUCAUUUAGAGAUAAUCUUUAAAUUGUUUUAAGACUUUGCUAAUGCUAUGUAAAUGUUACUUUGGCUCACUUUAUAUAAAUAACACAACGGGAUUAUUCUGAUAAGACUGGAAUAAAAAUAAUUACGCCGUCUGAAAUAUUUUUGCUUUUGAGCGUAAACAAUACCUUCGAUCAAAAGGAGGGAUUUUUU